AUGCAGACCGCUAGAGCGGCGCUAGGCGUCGCCUUGCGGGUCUGUCCCAGAACUGCAGUAUCCACAUACAAUAGACCAGCCGCAGGUAUGGUGCGCGUGCAUACUUCACCGCCGCGCCCUAGCGGUUCCCAGCAGAACUGCCUCCGUCCGGACAUGCCGUACAAGACCGGCCAUGCGGACUGGAGCGGUCUGGACCUGGGGCUCUUCAUCGGGGCGGGCGUUCUUGUCACUGCCGGGCUGUAUGAGCACAAAAAGGCUGAAGUCACGCACACACCGUCCGAAGUACCACCUGUGCAAGGUGUUCAGUACGUCCCGUCAGUCAACAGUCAGUACACGGGCCUGAACCUGGUACCGCUGGCGCCGUACACUCCGGCCGGAGUGCUGUGCAGGAGCGCCGCCUUUCCCUUCGAAACAAACGACGUGGCCGACAAGAAAGUUGCCGUGACCGAGGCUAAUAGAGGUGACAAGAAAGCCCAGCAAGUCUUCGCCCAGUUUGGCAGGUCUGCUGAAAGAAACGAGGAAACUACCUCCACCGAGGAGGCCAACAAGUGCCCACGGGAUGUCUCGGACGAGACGCCGACGGCUGUCGGUCCCGUGAAGAUGCGCGACAAGGCACUGUCCACUGCGGAAGACGUCCGUACUGCUUCCACUGAGAGCAAGAAGACGUCUGGAGACGCAGUAGAUGAGGAUGCUGUGAACAAGAGAGGCGAGGGAUCAAGUGUUGGCACACCAGAGUUCUUGCCACACACAAAGAAAAUGGCAAACUACAACGAAACAGCCGUGUCGUCUGAAAAUGACGUCACUGUGUGUGGUGAUGACCAGGGGCCGGCCAAAGAGCUGCUGACGUCCAACUCUGACAUCGGCCACCAGAAGUCACCUUCCGCGUGUUCUCUUGGAGGGGGCCAAGUCUCCGAGGGGAACGCCGGGAAGGACCACGAAUUCUGUGUGGAUGACGACACCUCUAACGUCACCAAUGACAUCAUGCACACCUGCAGUCUGCCAGCUACCUCUGAUGGAGAAAACGCGGGAAAUUACGUCAUUAGCAGGUGGGGAGAGACAAGUCCUCGGCGCGCUGACUUCACAGAGGCAGAAGUCAUCACAGUCACGGCAUGUCCCGUUCGGCACGAGCUUAGCGCUGCUACACGCGAGGUAAUCGGAUCCACGCCACACGUCACAGACAAGACGGACACUGAGAUCAGCUCGGAACAGUUCCUGUCCGAGGGACAUUUUGACUACGAGAGCGGCCACCUGUCCCAGCACGUACCCGUGAAUCCCCGGCUGCAGAGGAAGCUCAGAUGUGCCGUGCUCUACGCUGAUUGGCGGGAAGACAGUCAGUUCUGUCUCAGAGAUGACGUCACGACCAACCUGAGGAUUCGUUUCUCCUGGUUCGGACAGGAGGAUGACGACGACCUUUUUGACGUCACUGAGGUGAAGGUCUACUACACGGUUCUUGAAGGUGUGAGGAGAGAAGAGUGCGGAUUGGUGGAGAAUCACGUGACCAGCAUGACAAGUGAUGAUGACGAUAUGGAGUCAUACUAACCUGGACACGGGCGCAGGAACGGUAUCCAGACUGGGAACGAGAACUGGGUCUA